AUGAGAAUCUUCAGCUGUUACUUCUCCCCGAACAGAAGCCUGGAGGAAUUUGAAAACUUCCUGUCCAAUCUGGAACAUACCUUCAGGGAAAUAGAGGUAAUAAUCGAAGGCGACUUUAAUGGAAAGUCGCCGCUGUGGGGAGGUGAGCGCGAGGACAGGAGAGGAAUAAGACUAGCGGAGUGGCUGUUCCAGAUGAACUUAAGAAUCCUGAACGAGGGAAAGGCGCCAACUUUUGAAAGGGGCGACAGUAGGUCGCACAUAGAUAUCACAGCCUGCACAGAGAGGCUAGUAGCAAAAAUAGGUAAAUGGAGGGUCAUGGAGGAAGAAACCCUUAGCCUCCAUAAAUACAUAUAUUUCGAGGCUAGUAACGGCCCUCAGAACAGGAGGAGUGAGUGGAAAUACGCAGAAUUCGAUAAGAGUAAAGCGAAGGAGGGCAUAAGAAGGCACCCAGUGUUCUCCCAGGGACCUUUUGACGAGAAAACAUGCAUUAAGGCAUUAGGGGAGGCAUGUAAACCAGCAGUUGUGAGGACAAGAGGGAGAACCAGGAGUUGUGAGGGGUUGUGA